AUGAAAUUUAAAAUCAACGGGACGGAGUAUGUAGUGGAUGGCACCAAGGCUGGUCCUGAUGUAUCCUUGAACGAGUUCAUACGAUCAGUGGUAGGGUUGCGUGGUACAAAGGCAAUGUGCCACGAAGGAGGGUGUGGCGCCUGCAUCGUCGCCGUACGCGCAGCCCUACCCCCCACCAACGAGGUCAAGACUUUUGCUGUAAAUUCUUGUCUCGUGGCAAUAUUAUCAUGCCAUGGUUGGGAGAUAACCACUGUCGAAGGUAUUGGAAAUAGGAUCAAGGGUUACCAUGAUAUACAAAGCAGACUGGCCAACUUCAAUGGCACCCAGUGUGGCUACUGUUCUCCUGGAUGGGUCAUGAAUAUGUACAGUUUAUACGAAUCGAAGAACAAAGUACUAACUGCAGUGGAAAUUGAGAACUCCUUCGCCGGUAACAUGUGCAGAUGUACAGGAUACAGGCCCAUAGCAGAUGCUUUCAAAUCAUUCGCCACAGACGCUGACCUAUCACUUCUAAACAAACUCUGUGAUCUUGAAGAACUGGAUAUUGUCAAACGAUGUGGUCUAGAAUGUGCUAAAAAAUGUAGUCACAGAGACAAGUGUUUUAAACCCAGAGGAAGUGGUAAUAAUAGCAAUGAACCUGAUGAACUGGAUGAUCAAGAUAAAGAAUUCGUUCACGUAGACGACGAUAAAAUGAUGGUCGUUGAUACAGUCAAACAUAGAUGGUACAAAGCUUUCCAUUUGGCUGAUGUUUUUGAAAUCAUAAAAUAUGGAUACUAUAUCUAUGUUGCUGGGAACACUGGUCAAGGUGUUUACCACGUGACAGAGUAUCCAAAGGUUAUCAUAGAUAUAUUUAGUGUCGUUGAACUCAAAGGGCACGUAAUUGAUGUAAACCUUAUAAUUGGAGCUGGUAUGACACUCACAGACAUGAUGGAACUUUUCCUAAGUCUUUCAAAAUCUAGGGAAGAAUUUUCUUAUUUGAAACAAUUUUAUGAUCAUAUGGAUUUAGUUGCUCAUGUGCCUGUGAGGAAUAUCGGAACAAUUGGUGGCAACCUAGCAAUGAAGCAUUCUAACAACGAAUUCCAAUCGGAUCUGUUCCUUCUAUUUGAGACUGUUGAAGCUAUGGUCACUGUUGCGGAAAGUCUUACAAAAGAAGUGAGCAUGAAAUUACCAGACUUCCUGAAAAUAUCUUUGGAUUUCAAAAUUAUUAAGAACAUAAUGCUGCCACCCCUCUCACAGUGCUGUGCGGUAAAAACAUACAAGAUCAUGCCUCGCUCCCAAAACGCACAUGCCGUUGUCAACGCAGGAUUCAUGUUCAGAUUCAAACAAAAUUCGAACAUAAUUGAAAAGGUUUCCAUAGUGUAUGGCAGUAUUUCACCAACUUUCAUACAUGCUACAAAAACUGAAGAAGUAUUGGUCGAUAAAGAUCCUUACACUGAUGAAACUCUACAAUUAGCUCUAAAAACUCUGCAUGAUGAGAUUAACCCUGUUGAAGCACCUCCUGAACCUUCAGCAGCUUACAGAAAGAUGUUGGCUGUGUCUUUGUAUUAUAAAGCAAUACUCAGUCUUUGUCCCAGCAACAAGAUGAAUGCCAAUUACAAAUCAGGAGGAGAAGCAAUAAAACGGGGCAAAUCAAAAGGAACACAGUACUAUGAAACUGACAAAAGUGUUUGGCCACUGAAUCAACCUAUACCAAAAAUAGAAGCAUUAGUUCAGUGCAGCGGCGAGGCAGUAUUUGCUAACGAUUUACCAAGUGAAUAUGAUGAAGUGUAUGCUGCUUUUGUUACUGCUGAUGCCGUUCCUGGCAGUAUCAUCAAAGAUUUCGAUACAUCGGAAGCUUUUAAAUUGGAAGGUGUGAUUGCCUUGUACACAGCAAAAGAUAUUCCAGGAGAUAACACCUUUACUCCCAGCAAUAUACCUUUCAUAGCAGUUCAGGAAGAAAUUCUAUGUUCCAAAGAGGUAAAAUUCUAUGGACAACCAGCAGCUAUCAUAGUAGCUAAUAGAGAGAAAACAGCAAACCAAGCAGCUAAACUUGUCAAAAUUGAGUACUCAACUGUAAGCAAGAACAGACCUCUUCUAACAAUGGAUGAAGUUAUAAAAUCUCCGGAAAGGAGCAAAAGAGUUAGAUCAGAUCAAAAUAUAGAACCUUCUGAUAUUGGCAAAGAUGUUAAAACUGUUAUCAAUGGUGAAUUAGAUAUGGGUGAACAAUACCAUUAUUACAUGGAAACACAGACUUGUGUAACCAGGCCUACUGAGGGAGGGAUGGAAGUGUUUGCGGCAACGCAGUGGUUAGAUUUGACUAACGUUGCUGUAGCUCAGGCUCUGAAAGUGCCUGCUAAUAGUAUAAACGUCAUAGUUCGCCGAGUGGGAGGUGGUUACGGCGGAAAAAUAUCUCGGUCCACCCAGGUGGCAUGCUCAGCGGCCCUUGUCACACAUUUAACGAAUAAAACCUGCAGAAUGAUUCUGCCAUUACAGACAAACAUGGGAUCUAUCGGCAAACGAAUUGGUACUAAAUGUAAUUUUGAGAUUGGCGUCAACGCUGAAGGAGAAAUUCAGUAUCUGAAGAACACUUUCUACCAAGAUGGAGGAAGUUCUUACAACGAGGUGAUAACACCUAUUACCAUUCAUCAUUUCUACAAUUGCUACGAUCCUAAGAGAUGGGGUAUUUCUUCCUUUAGUGUGUUGACAGACAAACCUUCCAACACUUGGUGUAGAGCCCCAUUUUCAGCUGAAGGCGUUGCGAUGAUAGAAUACAUGAUGGAAAGAAUAGCAUUUAGUCUAAAACUCGAUCCCAUAGAAGUGAGACUUCUAAACAUGAAGAAAGAAAACAAUCCCAUCCCAGAAAUGAUAAACCAAUUGAAAAUAGACUCUGAAUUCGACGACAGAAAGAAAAAAGUCGAAGAAUUUAAUAAGAGCAAUCGAUGGAGGAAACGUGGUAUUAAAAUGGUACCGUUGACAGUUGGUAUAAUUUACACAGGAUUAUUUAAUGCUAUUGUGUCAGUCUACCAUGCUGAUGGAUCUGUGGUGAUAAUCCACGGAGGAAUAGAAAUGGGGCAAGGACUAAACACUAAAGCAGCUCAAGUUUGUGCUUACGCUCUUGGUAUACCGUUGGACAAAAUUAGCGUUAAGCCUAGCAAUAGUUUUACUUCUCCAAAUGCUAUGGUUACUGGAGGCAGUGUCGGUAGUGAAUGUGUGGUCUUCGCUACUAAGAAAGCGUGUGAUAUAAUAAAUGAAAGACUUAAACCUAUAAGAGAAAAGCUCGAAAAUCCCAGCUGGGAAGUACUAGUAGAAGCUGCAUUCGAGGCCGGGGUUGAUCUCCAAGCUACUGGUGCAUUUAAUCUUACCGAGGGUGAUGGGAAACCUUAUGAUGUAUACGCUGUUGGCAUUCUGGAAGUUGAAGUGGAUAUCUUGACUGGCAACCAUGAUAUUAUACGUGUUGAUAUUGUGGAGGACACUGGAAGGAGUUUGAGUCCUGAAAUUGAUGUCGCUCAGAUCGAAGGAGCUUUCGUGAUGGCUCUAGGAUACUGGACAUCAGAGAAGCUGGUCUAUGACGAAGCCACUGGCAAGUUACUCACAGACAGAACCUGGACCUACAAGAUACCUGGCAUAAAGGACAUACCAGCAGAUAUGAGGAUCUACUUCCGCCGUAACUCCAAUAAUGAGUUCGGUGUGCUGCAGUCUAAAGCAACCGGCGAGCCAGCAUUCUGUCUAGGAGUCGUGUUCCUCCUUGCUAUUCAGGAGGCACUUCAAUCAGCUCAUCAGGAUGCCGGCCAUGAACCAGGGUGGAUAGAUAUAGGCACUCCAUACAACGUGGAAAAUAUUUUCAUGGCGGUCAACCAUAAGAUAGAAGAUUUCAAACUAACUUGA